AUGGAUUGUCCAAAGAACUCGUUCUUGUUCACGAUCUCGUGCACAAUACUCCUGCUCAGCUACAACAAUGGUGGCUUCGUAUACGCAGCGACAAACAUUGGCUUGAACUACGGUCUCCUCGGAGACAACCUCCCACCUCCGUUUGAAGUUAUCAAUCUCUACAAGUCCUUAAACAUUACCAAUAUUCGAAUCUUCGACACAAACACAGACGUUCUAAACGCCUUCCGCGGAAACCGCGAUAUUGGAGUCAUCGUAGGCGUUAAGAACGAAGACUUGGAGGCUCUUGCGGUUAGCGAGAACGCUGUCAACACAUGGUUCAUGACUAACAUCGAGCCUUACUUAGCUGACGUAAACAUCACGUUUAUUACUGUCGGAAACGAAGUCAUCCCUGGAGAGAUCGGGUCUCACGUGCUACCCGUCAUGGAAUCUCUCACAAACGUCGUCAAGUCGAGGAGUCUCCCGAUCUUGAUCAGCACCACGGUGGCUAUGACCAACCUUGGCCAGUCAUAUCCACCUUCGACCGCAGAAUUCACGACCCAAGCGCUCAACAUCUACCCUUACUUCGCCUACGCGUCUGAUCCUGUGAACAUUCCUCUUGAUUACGCCGUCUUCAACACCGAUGCGGUUGUGGUUCAAGACGGGCCAUUGGGCUAUUCAAACAUGUUCGAUGUGAUAUUCGACGCGUUCGUGUGGGCAAUGGAGAAAGAAGGCGUGAAGGAUUUGCCCAUGGUGGUAACGGAGACCGGAUUGUCUUCCGCCGGAAACGGGAACUUGACAACGCCGUAUAUCGCGUCUAUGUACAAUGGAAACUUUGUCAAACAUGCGGAAAGCGGUAAAGGAACACCGAAGAGGCCAGACAGUGGCAUUAAUGGGUUUCUAUUUGCUACGUUCAACGAGAAUCAGAAGCCAGCGGGAACCGAACAGAACUUUGGGUUGUACUAUCCUACUGAUAUGAAACCCGUCUACAAGUUGUUUUGA